AUGUUCAUCUUGCCGACAGAGAAAACUGAAAUCUGCGUAUACCCCCCAUGGCCCAGAGGAAGAGCCCCCGUCACCCAAAGGCGCGAUGCGGUUCAGGUGAAUCAACAGCUAGAUGCGCGCGUACGCCAGCUCGAGCAGCUCCUCGGAAACAUCGUCUCCCAGAUGCCCGGUGAGCGUCGGGCUGCGAAUUCCCAGACUUCUGGUGACUUUGCUAGUUCGGAAGAUACUCUUCCCACUGAAACCUCUCCUCAACAUCUAACCUCGGGCUCUUCGCCCAGUGGGGAGCUCGAGGUCAAGCCUGGUCGGAUGGUGUCGAGCAACACUGAGAUGAUAUACGUCUCGGGCAGCCAUUGGACAGCAAUAUGCACCGAGGUGGAGAAAAUCAGAGAGCAUCUCGAUCGGGGGGACGCCGCUGCGCAGGCGGAUGGCCAAGACCAGAGCCAAAACCAUGGACCCAUGCUUCUAGAAGGCGUAGGUCAAAUAUCAAAUAUUGAAACUAUCAUGGCCGACAUCCCACCAAAGGAUGUAGUUGAUAGGCUUGUUUCUCGUUACUUCAACUCCACAGAACCAUCAACCAUUGUCUUUCACGCGCCAACUUUUGAGAAAGAGUAUAAGCAGUUCUGGCUCGAUCCAAAAGGCGCUUCCCUUCAGUGGGUUGCCAUACUCUUUGGCGUCAUGGAAAUGGGGGUGUUUUUAUACAUGCGGGUUCAAGACGACUUACCAGGAGAUUUGGGGAAUCCCAAGGAUCUCAUGGAAUCGUUCCACCGCCGUUCCGCCGAGUGUCUGUUGUUGUCCAAAUAUUCAACUGCCCCUGGUACCUACUCCUUGGAGGCUCUUCUGUUCAACAUCCAAGGCGAAUUCAUACGACGUCGAGACGCCCAUCUAGGCGUGUGGAUUCUAGCAGGUAUCGCUAUCCGUUUGGCGAUGCGGAUGGGAUAUCACCGCGACCCUGACAAGCACUCCCGUAUCACGCCCUUUCAAGGCGAGAUGAGACGCCGAACAUGGGCACUAGUCUUGCAGCUUGAUAUCUUGACCUCGUGCCAGCUCGGACUACCUUGUUUGAUACAAGAGCAUCAAUGCGAUACACGACCUCCGAGUAACCUUCUCGACGACGAUUUUGGCCCUGAUUCAGCUCAGCUUCCUCCCCCGCGACCGGAAACGCAAAUGACACCAGUGUUGUACACAAUAACGAAAGCAAAGCUAUCUUCCAUCUUCCGGACAAUAUUCAACCAGGUCUCUCUAGGAAGGACAGAAGCAUACGACGAAAUCAUGGCACUGGAUCAACGACUUCAUAGUGCGCAGCGAGCCAUGCCUCCCAAGUUUCAGAUAGCCAACCCAGAAGACUCCAUCACCGUGGCCCCCUAUGUCCUGAUCCGACGCUACAAUAUGGAGCUAUUGUUCCAAAAGUCGCGUUGUAUGCUGCACCGCCACCACAUGGCAAAGGCCUACCAAGAUCCUGCCUACAAUUACUCGAGGACUUCCUGCGUCGAGGCAGCCAUGGCGCUCCUGACACAUCAAGCCAAUAUCUCCAAGGAGAUUCAAGUCGGAGGUCGUUUGUACCGAGAUAGAUGGUUUGUCUCUUCCUUGGAACGACACGACUUUUCCUUGGCGUCGAUGAUCAUCUGCCUCGAGCUCAGUUCUCGAUCCAACGAGCACUCCUCCCGCCCAGGACCAGAAGAUCAACAGGGCUUUUUAAAGUUUAGUCGAGAAGCCAUGGUUGAGGCAUUGGAGAGCUCUCGCCGCUUCUGGGAAGCACUCAAGGUUGGCUCCGCCGAGGCACGGCAGGCUUUCGACAUGCUUUCAGUUAUGUUAGACAAAGUCUCGACGAACCCAAGCGUUCAGGAGAACCCGCAGCUCCCAACACCCCUAGACAUAAAUGAUGCUCUUCAGGCUCAAAUUUCAAACAGUGGUGAAGAUCUUUUACAACAACAACAAAGUACAGGCGGACAACCCAAUUCCUUUGAGGCAAAUAUGCCCGAGAUUGGGGCCAUGUUAAACUGUCCGGACAUUGACAACUGGUGCAUCCGUCUUCACAAGUUAUGUGAAUACCCCGAAGGAGCCAUCCCAAACACCAUCACCAACACCGCCGUGGAUGAUAGACUGCGCCAUCUCGAGCAACUACUCAGCGUGAACAGCAUCUCUCCUCCUGAGGCUUCCAGAUCUCCGGCUCUUGACUUCUUCCCGUCUAUUCGAGGCCCGACGAGCAACUUCCCUCUCCCUUUCUUCCUGGACAAUGACCUCUUUGCACCCCUUCGAGAAAAUGCUCUGGCCCAAAGCACACCGUCCUCUCUACCCCAGGUAUGCUCGGAAUACCUUGGUCACGACCCCAUGGAGAGUGUUUCUACCUACUUUUCAACUCUUCACAUAUGGCUCCCUAUGAUUAGCAGAAAGCGACUGGUCUUUGAGCUCAACGCUCAGUCUCCCGACGAUGCCUGCCUCAUGCUACUGGUCCUCUGCAUCAAACUCUGCAUAAUGGAUACCGAACAUCAACCAAAAGAGCUUCCUCUGUAUGCAGUUGCAAGAUCUUUAUGCUCGGCAGCUGAGACGGGAGGCUUUGUAUCUCUACGCCUACUACAGUCUUUGGUACUUCUAGCCGUCUAUGAGCUCUCUCACGCCAUAUACCCUGCUGCAUUCCUUACUCUCGGUCGCGCAGCCAGACUUGGGAUGUUGAUGGGUUUUCAUGAUAGAAAAGCCGCUCAGCAACUAUUCAAGCCUGCCGAAACUUGGACCCUUAGAGAAGAGCAACGCAGGACGUGGUGGGCAAUCUUUAUCCUGGACAGGUUUGUCAACAUCGAUAGUUCUUUACCACCUGCGACGCCAGAGCCAUGUCAGAGUGAGCUACUCCCUGUCAAUGACAUCGACUGGGACAACGGGACUGUCGUGCCCAGCGAGCCGCUGUACACUAAGUCUUUCAGUUCGGUUACAAAUGUUGGUUCAUUCGCACAGACUUGCCAGGCUGCUCAUAUGCUCAGCAAGGUCAUGCGCCACACGAAAGCCAGGGUAUCAUCACAGGACAUCACAGAGCUACUUCCAGAAGCACAGCAUCUUCACCAGGCCUUGUCCUCCCUUCAUCUUUCUAUUGAGAGCUCUUCAAGCGAUGGAACACAAUCACAAACGUUGGAGCCUUCCACAUUCCCGGCACUCGCCUUGUGCUGCUCUGCCAGGCUCGUAUUGUACAACCAGUACGCCUGCAACGAACCUUUGGGACUUUCCACAAACGGACCUAUCGCUCUAGAGACGGAGCUGCAAAAGGUCGGCUUGGAAGGUAUUAGAGCGAUAGCGUCUUCUACAGCCCGUCUAGUAGCGCGAGAUACGGGAGGGUGUCCGUUUGUCGCCCGGUUUCUCUAUCAUGUGGCGACCGAGUGCGCCUGGUUCAUCAAAGAGAAUCAUGAGCAAAUCAUGUAUGAUGCGCUGGAGGACAUUCUCAAUGGACUUCGUAGUAUGUCGGAGCAUUGGGGACUUGCAAGAGAGUACAUCUCAUUGCUCGAGCAAGAGGAAGUCCUCAAACUCAUCGACCAAGAUGCAGACGUCUCUAGCUCUACAUCAACGUUCUGA